AUGUCCUCUCCCGGUGCCAGAACGUUGCGCUGUUCUACCGAUUGCUAUUAUGACCUGCUGGCGACCUUCAUCCGACAGACUCGUCCCCAAACACGAACGAGACUUCGAGAUGUUGAGCAACAGCGUCGAACAUUCCACGACUACUUUGUCACCCAUCUCCCAUCCUCCUCUCUUCAUCCCGACUCCCGCUCUCUGACCGGCCUUGCCCACAAGUUUCCGCGCCAGGCGUCCAUGCCGCAUACUCCUGAUGGGACAUCUGCCCCCGCCACCCAUCCGUCGGUUUCUCGAGACACCACCGUAGUCCGCAUUCCGCUCAAGAGCGCCAAACACCACUAUGGUGCAUUUGUGUCCAGAGGCAGCAGACCCUACAACGAAGACUCCCAUCAAGCAGGCGUCAUCGAGCUCCCUGCAUUUGCCAAAAAGGCCCCGCUGUCUCUCACCUUGAGCAAAACUCCUGGAGAGGGCACUUCUGCAGAAGGGGCGUCCGGCGAUCCUCAGGUCUUCUAUUUUGCCGUCUUUGAUGGGCAUGGGGGAGCAGAGUGCAGCGAUUUUCUCCGCGAGUCGCUGCACGAUUACAUCGAGAAAUCGGCCAAGUCGUUUGAGCUGAAGUCGAGCUUGAAGAAGAGUGAUAAAAAGGACACCGGGGAAGCGCCGAUACUUGGGGGACUUGACGGGGACGAGAAUCAGCAAAGAGAGGGCAGGAAGGUGCUCGACAAGCUAGAAGUCAACAAGGACGGUCCGAAGGUAGACGAAGAGGACUCGACGCGUAAAGACAACAAGCCACACCCAAGUGAUCCUCCGCUGAUCCAGUGCGCUAACAAGAGGAACAUUCGACAGUUGGAGAAGGAGCUGACAAGGAAUUGGAAAGAGCUUGUCGGCGGGUACUUUCGUCGCUUCAAGCCCGCCUACUUUUCUAUCUACAACGGGUAUCAGAGGUUGGGCGAGGAGUCGGAUGCUCUGAGGCAAUCGGGCGAAGAUAUCGACUGCGGGGUGGCCAUCGAGGAGGUCAUGACUUAUGCUUUCCUAAAAGCGGACUACGAUUUUGUGGCCGCUCAAGCAGCCAAGAACUCAGAGAGCGUGGACAACACGAGGGCUGAAAGACCUCUGAACGAAGGAGACAUCCUGGGUGAACCUCAUAGGUUUGCGACACAUCUUGGUGGACCUCAGAGGUUCAGAGGUGGGAGUACUUGCAGUGUGGCAAUGGUAUCGACGCCAUCGCCAACGCCCUUCUGGAACCCUGCGACCACAUCUACAUUGCUGGUGGCCCAUGUCGGGGACACAAGAAUCAUACUCUGCUCUACGGUCACAGGGCAAGCAAUACCUUUGACCACGAAUCAUCACCCCUCGUCACCAGUGGAGAGCAACAGACUUAGAAGGUAUGCGGCAUCAUUUGUGACUGACUCGUUUGGCGAAGAGCGGAUCUUGGGUCUGGCCAACACCCGAGCAUUUGGUGAUAUCGCCUCGAAGAGAAUGGGUGUCAGCGCAGAACCUGAGAUCAAGAGGGUGGAACUGGGGCCGGCUGAAUAUUCAUUCGCGGUUUUGAUGUCGGACGGCGUUUCAGGCACUCUAGAUGACCAGGAAGUCGUGGACAUUGUCAAAGAAGCUAAAACGCCCGAGCAGGCUGCGCGGGAUGUGGUCAAUUUCGCCACAGAGGUCUCUACCGAAGGCGACAAUGCUACAUGCUUGGUGGUGAGGAUGGGCGGAUGGGAGCGACGACAAGAGGGCGGCAAUGGAAGCCUGGGGACCAAGGAGAUGCGAGAUUUUAAGAGACAACAGGCAUCUGAUCCCAGAAGUCGGCAGCAAUAG